AUGGAGAGCUGCACUGAAGAGUAUGGCACUUUUGGCUUAAAGUCACUCUUACCAAACAGAAAUAAAAGUGAGAAAGAUGAUGAUGAUACAAAUGAUAUAGUAUAUUAUAUCGACUUAAUUGAUGAUAAUCAAACAAAAAAUGACGAGCUUGCAGUGAUAUAUCAUGAUAUUGGAUUUUGUUAUUAUCAACUGAGUUUCUACUUAUUAUCAUUAAAAUAUUACAAAAAAAGUUUAGGUUUAUGUUCAAUUAUAACAACUACGACAGAGGAACAACAAAAAUUAAACUAUAAAUUACUCAGUACCAUAAUGUCUCUCUAUCAUACUCUAAAUGAUGGUAAAAUGGCACUCGACUAUGCAUUUAAAUGUUUAAGAAUAUUAGAAGCAAUUGAACCGCAUUAUUGUCAAGAAGCAAUUGAUUUGUAUCAACAACUGACUCCUGAAACUGUGGAUCAACAACAGUAUGCCAAUGUUUGGAGCAUUUUAGCUGUUAUUUAUUAUGAUUUAGAUCAAAUUUCAGAAUGUUUAGAUUGUUGUCAAAAGUCAAUGGAAAUAUUUUAUAAAACAUCGACAACUCCCCAUGGUACUGCAGGUUUAAAUUAUGAACUCUAUGCUAAUCUGUUAAAAAGUUAA